CGCAGUCGCGGUUGAAAAAGGGCGCAGAAAAGUCUCUUCAAAUGUUCUUACUACCCCCACCUCCUUCCUUCUCGUCUAUGAAAGAAACAGAAUUAUAUUCAUGGACUCAUAAACUUAAACUUUUUUUUUUCUGGGUUGUACAAUACACUUGUUUACUGGAACUUCCAUUUUGAGUUCAUCUUAUUUGUCAAUUUCAAUCAUUUAUUCAUAAUCAGAUCCCUCUGUAAUCUUUUGGAGUUCCUUCAUUUCCACUUUUUUUCCUUCCAUUUCCAGAUCGAAAUUUAAUAUUUUUUUCUUUUCAUUUUCUUAAAAAUUGGAAGGUUUUUUCCUUUUUACUCCAAGAUUCAAACUUUAGGAUCCUUUCUUUCCCUUUGCCCUCGUUUAUAUUUGUACUGUCUUCCAAAGGUUUGAUUUUAAAAGACAAUUCUCAUACUACUUUUAGUUCAUUACAUUUCAUGCAUCUGUUACAAGUCAAGCGUUUUCCACAAAAUUCAAUAUUGUUUAGCUGUAAAUUAAUUUAUCAAAACUGGUAAGGGUUACUACUGUACUGAUUCUUGCUCAAUAUGAAGCUUUUGGUACGUGUAAUUGAAGCAAAAAAUUUACCAGCAAUGGACCCAAAUGGGUUCAGCGAUCCAUAUGUGAAGCUGCAGUUGGGAAGGCAGAGGUUCAGGACUAAAGUUGUAAAGAAGUGCUUGAACCCAUCAUGGUGUGAGGAAUUUACUUUCAAAGUUGGAGACUUGAAGGAAGAGAUUGUAAUUUCAGUAUUUGAUGAAGAUAAGUACUUAAUCGAUGAUUAUAUUGGGCAUAUCAAAGUGCCUAUCAUACGGGUUUUUGAAGCCAAUGAACAAUCUCUUGGAACUUCUUGGUACACAUUGCAACCUAGGAAUAAGAGAGCCAAGAAUAAGGAUUGUGGUGAAAUUCUUCUCACAAUAUGCUUUUUGCAAAAUAAUUCAUUGUUGGACUUGCCGUCCAGUGGUGAUCCUGUAUCAUCACCAAGGAAGUCUUAUGAUAUAGCAGUGGACUCUCCUUUGAGAUCGUUCUCACCAAUGAGAUCUGAAGAAGUUUCAACUUCUAAAGAGGAAAAGUCACAUCCAUCAACUGUAGCACAUCGAAUUGCUCAAAUAUUCAACAGAAAUGUUGAUACAACACCAACUAACUUGGGUGAAUCACCUAACGUGACAGAGUUAUCAGAAAGUAUAAAUCCGGUUGGUUUGGGGACCAAUUCUGAAGAGCAGUCCUCAUCUGGAAAUUUUGAAGAAGUAAUAAAAAGCUUGGAAAUGAGAGAACAAGGAGGUGAAGUUCCGAAUAAUUUACCUGGAGGGAUAGUUAUAGACCAAGUGUACGCAAUUGCACCACGUGAAAUGAACUCGUUACUUUUUUCACCUGAGUCAGACUUUUUGAAGUCCCUAACAGACAUGCAGGGAUCCACUGAGUUGCAAAUAGGACCUUGGAAAUUUGAAAAUGGUGGCAAUAGCUUAAAAAGAGUGUUUACUUAUACUAAGGCUGCAAGUAAACUAAUUAAGGCUUUGAAAGCUAUCGAGGAGCAAACAUAUUUGAUUGCUGACGGGAAGGUCUAUGCAGUUUUAUCCAGUGUGAGCACUCCAGAUGCUCCAUAUGGGAAAUGUUUUAGGGUAGAAGUGCUUUACUGCAUAACUCCGGGACCUGAGCAGCCCUCGGGAAACCAGUCUUCUCGAUUGGUAGUUUCAUGGCGUGUUAACUUUUUACAGAGCACUAUGAUGAAAGGUAUGAUUGAAGGCGGAACACGACAAGGUAUAAAGGAAAGCUUUGAGCAGUACGCAAAUCUGUUAUCUACUAAAGUAAUUCCUGUUGAUGUGAAGGACAUAGGUUCCGAGAGGGAUCAACUUUUGGCUUCUUUUCAGGUGGAGAGCCAGUCAGACUGGAAAUUGGCUGUUCAGUAUUUUGCUAAUUUUACUGUAAUUUCAACUUUUCUUAUGGGCUUGUAUGUGGUCAUGCAUAUCUGGCUGGCAAUGCCUAGCACAAUUCAGGGACUUGAGUUUGUUGGAUUGGACUUGCCGGAUUCCAUUGGCGAAUUGAUUGUAUGUGGAGUGUUAAUUUUGCAAGGUAAACGGGCCCUUGAGUCUGUUUCACGCUUCUUGCAGGCUAGAGUGCACAAAGGCACCGACCAUGGAAUCAAAGCACAAGGGCAUGGUUGGUUGCUAACUGUUGCCUUAAUAGAAGGAAGCAAUUUGGCAGCCGUUGAUGCGAGCGGGUUCUUUGACCCUUAUGUUGUGUUUACUUGCAAUGGAAAAAUGAAAACCAGCUCUAUCAAGUUUCAGAAAUCUGACCCUCACUGGAAUGAAAUCUUCGAAUUCGAUGCAAUGGACGAUCCUCCAUCAAUGUUGGAUGUGGAAGUUUUUGAUUUUGAUGGACCUUUUGCUGAAGCUACAUCUCUUGGACAUGCUGAAAUCAAUUUCUUGAAAUCUAAUAUAACGGACUUGUCGGAUGUUUGGAUUCCACUUCAAGGAAAUUUAGCUCAGGCAUGCCAGUCAAAGUUGCAUUUAAGAAUAUUUUUAGAUAAUACCCGGGGUAGCAAUGCUGUCAAAGAUUAUAUAACUAAGAUGGAGAAGGAGGUGGGAAAGAAGAUACGGUUGCGAUCUCCUCAAACAAAUUCAUCUUUCCAGAAACUCUUUGGGCUUCCCCCAGAGGAAUUUCUCAUCAAUGAUUUUUCUUGCCACUUGAAGCGCAGAAUGCCUCUUCAGGGCCGUCUGUUUCUGUCAGCAAGAAUAAUUGGGUUUCAUGCAGAUUUAUUUGGACAUAAGACAAAGUUUUUCUUUCUCUGGGAAGACAUAGAAGACAUUGAAGUCAUUCCUCCUACUUUGUCAUCAAUGGGCAGUCCGAUCAUCAUCGUGACCUUAAGGCCAGGCAGAGGUUUUGACGCAAGGCAUGGAGCAAGAACACAGGACGAGGAAGGCAGGCUGAAGUUUUAUUUCCACUCUUUUGUGUCUUUCAACGUGGCGCACAGGACAAUCAUGGCACUGUGGAAGGCAAAGGCAUUGACUCUUGAGCAGAAGGUACAAAUAGUUGAAGAAGAAUCUGAAGAUAAUAGCCUCGAAACAUCUGAAGAGGAGUCAACAGCCAAAAACCUCCAAGGCAGCCUCCAACCAAUAGAUGAAGAAUCUGAUGCCAAAGGCCUUCAAACUGAGGAUACUGGCUCCAUCUUGGGCGCCGAGUAUGUUAAUAUGUCUAUUGUUUAUUCCUCGAUACUCUCUGUUCCAACUAGCUUCUUUAUGGAGCUAUUCAGAGGGAGUGAAAUCGACCAAAGGGUCAUGGAGAGAGCUGGAUGUCUCAAUUAUACUCACAGCCCUUGGGAAUCUGAAAAGCCUGAUGUUUAUCAAAGGCAACUUUAUUACAGAUUUGAAAAGCGUAUAUCCCGUUAUGGAGGUGAAGUGACUAGCACUCAGCAAAAGUCUCGUCUUCCGAGUAGAAAUGGUUGGCUCAUAGAAGAGGUCAUGACACUCCAUGGGAUUCCACUGGGUGAUUAUUUCACUCUUCAUUUGAGAUAUCAGGUUGAAGACCAACCUUCUAGAUCUGUAGGAUGUAGUGUUCAAGUUUACUUUGGGAUUGCGUGGUUGAAAGACACCCGACAUAAGAAAAGGAUCACAAAGAACAUUACUUCAAAUCUUCAGCAGCGCCUAAUGGUCAUGUUCAGUUUACUGGAAAAGGAGUAUGUGUACGGGGCUUAGAUGACAAAUCCAGACGAUGUUGGUUUCAAUUUGGUGAUUUGAACUGGUAGGAUCCUACAAGGCUUUCAUAUAUGAUGGUCAAGAUUACCCGUUUUUAGUACAUUUGGUGCAUGUUUGGUAUGCAGUAUUGGAAAGAACUAUGUACUAUAUAAUGACUUUCCAAUAUUAUAUAAUCCUUCCUAUCAAAUAUGUCGUUGGGAAACUGCUGUACCGAUUGUACAUGGAUGGUAAUGUCAGCAUCAGUUAGAGAAUAGACUGCAAUUAUAACUUUAGGAGAAAUACGGUCGACUUCCAUACGAGAAGACGGGCUACAAGACAGCAGCAAUCACUCUGCAGAAUUUUUAUUCAUUUUCACGUUUUUGAUCAAGGCAGAAACAUGCCUUAUUUUGGUUGGACAGGUGAAAAUUCCGUUUUUCGAUAGAUCAGUGAUCUUCUGUAUAUCAGAUGUAAUAAUAUUAAUACGCUUGUAACCUGUAUAAUGUUUCUCUAUUUAUUCAUUUUUUGGUUAGGCAGCACAUUUUUACAUUGAUUAGUGUUUUGAGUCCAACGACUGUGACUUCAAUGUAAAUUUAACAUUCAAAUUUUAAAGAAAUUGUUGACAAUUAAGUGUUUGUAUU